UAUAAAAAAAACUAAUAAAAUAAAAAUAAUAAAAAUCCGCAUCAAAAUAUCCAAUUCAGCACCAGGCACGCUGGUCAGCGCUGUCGGCGAGCUCGGCGUAGGCACGAGACUUACUUACGCUUCGAGAUGAACCCCUACGCACGACGGUGCGGCCCUCGACUAAAACCGUGAAAUCACGUUCUUCGAUGUAUUGCGUGGCUCACCUAACGUCACUUCAUCCAAUUCUAAGGUGGGGCCACAGCAAUAGAUAAGGGUCGUGAUUCAUGGUUUUAGCCUAAAGCUAUGGCACUGGUGUAGUAGAUAUUUCUCACUACGCUUCAAUUUCAGCCUCCGAGGCCUCGCCACGUGUCGAUUCCUUCUUACGUGUUCUUAGUGAUGUGGCACCAGGCUCCUCCCUUUUAAAAGAUUGGUCCCUCAGUCUACUCACUGUCUUACAUCGUUGAAAGCUUGAAGUUGCCUACGAAUCUCUGAAGCUACUCCAUUGUUAAACCUUCCGACAGGUUUUCGCAAUUUCCUUACAAUUCGACCAGUUAUCGAAAAACUCAACUCAGUUGCCGGAAUUUCAAGAUCAGGAGGUGAAAAUGGCGGAGAAUUGCAGUCGGAAGCUCAAUGUGGAAGUCUGCAAUGCAAGGAAUCUAAUGCCGAAGGACGGACAAGGAACGUCGAGCGCUUAUGUUAUUGUCGACUUCGAUGGCCAACGGCGACGAACGAAAACAAAGUUCAGAGAUCUGAAUCCGCAGUGGGACGAGAAGCUUGAGUUUCUGGUUCACGAUCCGGACGCCAUGGCCUCUGAAAUUCUAGAACUCAAUAUCUACAACGACAAGAAGACGGGUAAAAGGAACAAUUUUCUUGGAAAAGUUAAGAUCUCUGGAAGCAGUUUUUCGAAAUCGGGGUCCGAAACCCUGGUUUACUAUCCGUUGGAGAAAAGGAGCGUGUUCUCACAGAUCAAAGGCGAGAUCGGCUUGAAGGUCUUCUACGUCGAUGAAAAUCCUCCGGCUCCGGCCGCGGCGGAGCAGAAACAUGAAACUCCGGCUGCCGCUGAGUCUACAGAGGAAAAACCAACAGAGAAGAAAGAAGAAGAAAAGAAAGAAGAGAAGAAAGACGAUAAAGCAGAAGAGAAGAAAGGGGAAGAGAAAAAGGAGGAAGAGGAAGAAAAGGAAAAGCCAACCGCGGCUAAAGAAGAUGCUAAACCUACGGAGAACCCGAAACCAGAGGAGGCUCCGAAACCAGGGGCUCCACCGGAAGCGGUAGAGAGCCCUCCAAUAGCUGAAGUCGACAAGACAAAACAACAAAAGGACAAACCGGCGACAAAAAGACUUGAUUCCGGCGUAAAGGACCUAGAGAUCCGGUCAAUCAGCGGCGAUCGGAGCCGUAGCGCUUACGAUCUCGUGGACAACAUGCCGUUUCUCUACGUGCGCGUGCUCAAAGCAAAACGUACAAAUGCCGAUUGUGGUUCCUCUUUAUACGGCAAGCUCGUCAUCGGCACGCACAGUAUACGAACCAAGAGCGUCGCUGAUAAGGACUGGGAUCAAGUCUUCGCCUUCGAUAAAGAGAGCCUGAACUCUACUGCGUUGGAGGUGUCGGUUUGGGCUGAGAAGAAGGACUCAGAGACGAAUAAGACCACAGAAACGUCUCUGGGCACGGUGUCGUUCGAUUUGCAAGAAGUACCCAAGCGUGUUCCACCUGACAGCCCUCUCGCUCCUCAGUGGUAUACCCUCGAAGGCUCGCCGGAGAACUCGACAGGAACUGACGUCAUGCUGGCCGUCUGGAUUGGAACUCAGGCGGACGAGGCUUUUCAGGAGGCAUGGCAAUCGGAUUCCGGCGGGUUGAUACCAGAGACCCGAGCCAAGGUCUACCUUUCUCCGAAGCUGUGGUACUUGAGACUAACGGUCAUCCAAACCCAAGACUUGCAACUUGCUGCCGUUCCCGAAGCUAAGGCUCGGGCGCAGGAACUUUACGUUAAAGCUCAGCUCGGCGCGCAGGUUUUCAAAACGGGGAGAUGCGCGAUUAGCCAGUCCAGCUCGGCUAACCCCACUUGGAAUGAGGAUCUGGUUUUCGUUGCGGCCGAGCCGUUUGAACCGUUUUUGGUUAUUGGGGUGGAAGAUGUAUCCAGCGGACAGUCUGUGGGCCAGGCCAAGGUACAGGUAUCGAGCAUCGAUAGAAGGACAGAUGAUCGGGCGGAGCCACGGUCAAGAUGGUUUAAUCUGGUGGGUGAUGAGAACCGUCCCUAUGCCGGGCGGAUACACGUGCGUGUCUGUCUGGAGGGAGGUUAUCACGUGCUUGAUGAAGCUGCGCACGUGACAAGUGAUGUCCGAGCGGCGGCCAAACAGCUGUCAAAGCCACCGAUGGGGUUGCUCGAGGUUGGUAUUCGCGGGGCCACCAAUUUGCUACCUGCAAAGACCAAAGAUGGGACACGUGGGACAACUGAUGCUUAUGUGGUGGCCAAAUAUGGGCCCAAGUGGGUUCGUACACGUACGAUCCUGGACCGGUUUAAUCCACGUUGGCAUGAGCAGUACACGUGGGAUGUAUAUGAUCCGUGUACGGUCCUGACUAUUGGGGUAUUUGAUAAUGGACGGUACAAGAAAGAUGAAACAGGGAAGCCAGGAAGAGACACACGAAUAGGGAAGCUCCGCAUACGGUUGUCGACACUUGAUGCCAAUCGUGUGUACAUGAAUUCGUUUUCACUCACAGUGUUGCAGCCGGGUGGGGCCAAGAAGAUGGGGGAGAUCGAACUUGCCGUCCGAUUCUCGUGCUCGUCAUGGAUGAACCUCCUUCAGGCGUACACCAGUCCAAUGCUCCCGCGAAUGCAUUACGUGAAACCAUUGGGGCCCUCCCAGCAAGACAUCCUACGGCACACCGCAAUGAAACUAGUCACAGGGCGGCUCGCUCGGUCUGAGCCACCUAUGGGUCAAGAAGUGGUUCAGUACAUGUUAGAUUCGGACACGCACAUGUGGAGUAUGAGACGAAGCAAGGCCAAUUGGUUCCGAGUCGUUGGGUGUUUAUCCCGAGCCGCCGCCUUCGCACGAUGGCUUGACGGAAUCCGAAUGUGGGUGCAGCCAUCUACCACAGUGCUAGUACACAUUCUACUCACGGCAAUUGUGUUGUAUCCACACCUGAUACUCCCAACUGUUUUCAUGUAUGCCUUCUUCAUCGUGGCGUUCCGGUUUAGGUUUCGCCCAAGGGCCCCAGCCAACAUGGAUCUAAGGCUGUCCUACGUUGACGCCGUGGGGAUUGAUGAGAUAGAUGAGGAGUUUGAUGGGUUCCCGACGACAAGAUCUGCAGAUCAGCUCCGCACGAGGUACGAUCGGCUACGUGCUCUGGCAGGUAGGGCUCAGACAUUGCUUGGUGACGUGGCUUCUCAGGGUGAGCGUGUGGAGGCACUGCUCAAUUGGAGGGACCCACGUGGAACUGGGAUAUUCGUUGUCUUCUGUCUGUUGGCCUCCUUGAUUUUCUACAUUGUUCCCUUCAAGGUAUUUCUGUUGGGGUUCGGCUUCUACUACUUGCGCCACCCGAGGUUCCGGGGUGACAUGCCGUCAGUUCCCGUCAACUUUUUCCGGCGACUCCCGUCAAUGUCGGACCAGAUACUGUAGAUUCUCCGGUGGUCUGAGGUACUUCCCAGGUGGAGGUGCUGUGUUGCUAUUUCUUCUGCCCCUGUUAUUUUUAAAUUAAUUUUUGUAAUUUAUUUGAUUAUUAAAUGGGUAUGCAGAUAAUAAAGUAGUGUUGAAAUUUGGAAA